CCGUCCAUUAUCGCGAUGACGAUCCGAAACGUGUUCCGUUCGUGGCAAAGCUAUGCUUUCGCAUCCAUCCGCGACGAAACAACGCGAUCGCAUCGCCCGUUCGUUGUUCUCUUGUUGUUCCAGGUCCGACAAGGCCGGACGUGUUGUGCACCGGGUGCGAUCAUUUCUUGUUCUAACUGGCGGAAUUUUGAUUUUUUAGGGCCGGACUUGGGCUAUCUGUUGGACGACGCGUCGGACCAGUCCGGCAAGCCGAUCUUCAUCUGUCCGCGUUGCGGCAAGGGGUACACGUGGAAGGCGAGCCUGCAGCGCCAUCUGAGCACCGGCUGCGGGCUGCCGCCGAUGUUCUGCUGCAGGAUAUGCGAGUACAGGACCAGCCGCAAGGACAUUCUGUUCAGGCACAUGAGACACGUGCACUCGCAGUUCCCGGCUUAGUGACGCGCACGCCGCCGCGCCGCGGGGGACGUCGAAGCUUCUCGCGGGGACGAGGUGGAACAGUGAUGACAGUGAUGACGAACUAACGCGCGUCGACCAGUGUAGAUCCCCUAAGUUGUCGCACGGGCAAACAGUGUGUCUCCGGUUUGCCGUGCACCUUGUCCGUGUGUGGAACGUGCCGGGCUACGUCGACGGCUACGCCGGCAACCCCGUCGACGGAAUGCCGCUACAUCCGGAGCUUGAGAAGUUCCGGGUGACCGGCCAAGGGACGGCCGGCGGCGACGGCGGCGGCGGCGGCACGCCGCUCGCCGUGCCAGGCUACUCGGUCGUCCACAAGCGUCACAUGUGCGGCUUCUGCAAGAAGGUGUUCCCGCUGAAGAACCUGCUCAGGAAGCACAUGCGGCUCGGCUGCCGGAUGAACCCGAGGAGCUCGCACUUCGCCUGCUCGUUCUGCCCUUACAAGAGCACCUACAAGGCGAACGUCGAGAGGCACGUGCGCAACGUACACGAGACCGGCGUGCUGAAGUUCUGCUGCGACCUCUGCAACUUCCGCAGCAACUACUCGUUCUGCGUGCGCAGGCACAUGAAGACGUUCCAUUGCGCACCCAACGCCGACCCCGGCAAACAGUAGUAGGACGGUAGCUAGAGACCGCGGCGCGAUCAGCUGUCCCGAACGUUUCGUUCUCGAUGAAGGGACACCAUGAGGUUUCACGAGCGUCUCUCCUCGAUGUGUUCGCAAAUCGUUGGAGUGCGGUAGACGAUAAGCAGCCGCGUUUUCGCACGGAGAGGACCGUUCGAGUAACUCUCGACGAGGGGCUUUUAAGCCGCUGCUGAUUGCUUUGGUGCUCGGAUAUGCGGAGUGUUCGGAAAUUGUUGUGUUUGAAGUGAAAGAUGCUUCAGGUUAUUUCGAGUAACUUUUUCCUUUACGGAAAUUCGAUCCACCGCUUCGUUCGCAAGUUAUCGACGAGAAACGUUGAUCAAUGAGAGGCCGCGUACGGCUGACGCCACGCCCUCGCGACCACCGCCGCCGCGGAGGGCGGAGCGCCGGCCGCGCUCGCUCU